AUGAAUGGGAGUGGUGCUGAUGGUAAAAAAUGUUUCAUGAAUAAAGUAAACAAUGCUGUUCGCAAGAGGCGUGUGGAUGGAUUUGUACCGGAAUUUCUCUCACAAAUAAUCUGCUACUUCUUUAUAACCUUUGCCGCGAUACUCUCUUUUGCAGCAAUCCAGGUUAUCCCUCCAGCCGACAGUCUCGAAAAAGGUGAGGGCGGGACGAACGGUUCUUGA